AUGUGGAAAAUCAUAUGUACAAGUAUGAAAGGUACAAAGCUGAGGUCAACCAUAAAGAUCAUGGCUGAACAGAAAGUUCCUCCCACGGGGGCCCCACUCGUCAGCCUCCCUCACGCCCCCGUCUCCCCGCCGCCGACUCGUCUUCCCCACCUCCGCCUCCGCCUCCGCCUCGGCCUCCGCCUCGUCGCGUUCGAAAUUUUCGUUCAAAACCCGAGCCCCCCAAUCCCUCGGACUCCCAAAUUUUCGCCCCCCGCGCCUCGACUCGCCCCUGAUUCGCCGCCCCGGGACCGGGGAGGAGUCGAGAUCCUUAAAUUUUGCCCUUCUGCGCCCCCGCGCGGUCGGAACCCUAAGGCCACCCACCCAGCACCGAGCCGCGGAUUGACGAGUUGGUGUUGUGGGGAGGAUUCUAGGGUUUGUUCCGGCCUGCCGGGGGGGUUUGCUGCGAUGCUCGCGUCCCGCAUCCCGCUCAAGCGCUGCACCGCCGCGGCCGUCCCCGGGGAGGUGGAGGUGGAGGUGGAGGUGGAGGAGCCCCCUGCUGCAGGAGGAGACGGGGGCGGGAGCGGGAUGGUGCCCGCCAAACGCCGCCGCGAGCGGGUUGUCCCGUCGCGGUUCAGGGACUCGGUGGUGGCGCGGCCGCCGCCCGCGAAGAAGGGGAGGCCCGCGCCGCUGCCCGCGAGAAAGGCGGAAGCGGCGGGAGGCGGCGGGGACGGGGAGGUGUACAAUGUGGAGGUGCAGGCGGCGGAGCCCAAAGGCGCCGACUUUGGCGCCGUGGAGACCGUGGUGUGGACCGGUGAUGAGCAGCCGGUGCAGACGGAGGAGGAGCUGUACCGCGCGUGCAGGAAUAUCAGCAGGUGCAGCAGCAGCUCUGGUGGCUUCAGCGGUAGUGUGGUCACGUCCUUGAGCAAUGCCAGCAGGAAUGGGGCGCAGGAGGGGAAGUCCGUGGUGGUAGAGUGCAAGCCGAAGAGGGAGGCUGGCGAGAAAAAGGAGGAUUUCUACUGGCCGGAGGAUUUUGUGCUUGGGGAUGUUGUGUGGGCGAAGUCAGGGAAGAAGUGCCCUGCAUGGCCUGCGCUGGUGAUUGACCCACUGCGGCAUGCGCCGGCGGUCGUCUUGAACUCCUGCAUCCCUGGUGCACUCUGUGUCAUGUUCUUUGGAUACUCUUCUAGCGGACAUGGCAGGGACUAUGGAUGGGUUAAGCAAGGGAUGAUCUUUCCCUUUGUGGACUAUUUAGACCGGUUUCAGGGUCAGGCUUUAUAUAAACUCAAGGCAAGCAGAUUCCGUGAAUCAAUUGAGGAGGCUUUUCUUGCUGAGCGUGGCUUCCUUGAGCUUCAAAUGGAUGUUGAGUGCUCACUAGAGAAGUCUGUCAAUGACCAGUCUAUCCCUGACGGGUUACAGGAAGGGACUAGUUCUAAUAAUGAGCAGGAAUGUCAAUCAGAGGCUCAGGUUAUUGGCAAAUCACCUGGAUGUUGUGAUAGUUGUGGUAAUCAUCUUGCAUCCAAGAUAGCAAAGAAAAAGAAGCAAGUGGGUGAGCAGUUACUCUGUAGGCACUGUGAAAAGCUAUUGCAGUCAAAGCAGUACUGUGGCAUAUGCAAGAAAAUUUGGCACCACACAGAUGGUGGAAAUUGGGUCUGUUGUGACGAGUGUCAAAUCUGGGUUCAUGUAGAAUGUGACCGCACAUGCAUCAACAUGGAGGACUUAGAAAAUGCCGAAUAUUUCUGUCCAGAAUGCAAGUCAAAACGAAAGAGUGUAUCUCCAGUUGAACAAAUGAGCACUCCAAAUAGUUCAGAAUGUGCUAGCACUUCAAAGGAAAAAUUGCCUGAAAUGAUACCUGUGUUCUGCUUUGGGAUGGAUGCAAUGUAUUUACCUAAGAAGCACAUGAUACUAUGCCAAUGUAUUUCUUGCAAGGAAAGGCUGAUGAGUCUCAGUGAGUGGGAGAGACAUACUGGUUCAAGGAAGAAGAACUGGAAGAUGAGUGUUAAACUUAAGAGCAAUGGGGAUCCUUUGGUAACCUUGUUGGAGGAUAUUCCCUGCGCAAAUUUGAAGUCUUCUAUACCAGCUAUUAACAAAGAAGAGUUGCUGAAAUUGCUAGCAAACUCUUAUAGUCCUAUCUGUGCAAGAUGGACAACUGAACGAUGUGCGGUUUGUCGAUGGGUUGAGGAUUGGGACUACAACAAAAUUAUUAUUUGCAACAGAUGCCAAAUAGCUGUCCACCAAGAGUGCUAUGGAGUACGUGAUAUACAAGAUUUUACAAAUUGGGUCUGCCGAGCAUGUGAAUUGCCCAAACAAAAAAGAGAAUGUUGCCUAUGUCCUGUCAAAGGGGGUGCUCUCAAGCCGACAGAUCUUGACCAACUUUGGGUCCAUGUUACAUGUGCCUGGUUUCAACCUAAGGUCUCUUUUCCUGUUGAUGAGACAAUGGAGCCAGCCAUGGGCAUAUUGAACAUCCCUUCAGAGUACUUUAAGAAGACAUGUGUUAUAUGCAAGCAGAUGCACGGUGCCUGCACUCAGUGCCACAAAUGUUCCACUUAUUAUCAUGCAAUGUGUGCAUCAAGAGCAGGAUAUCGCAUGGAGUUGCAAUCCUCUGAAAAAAACGGAAGGAACAUAACAAGAAUGGUUUCCUACUGUGCAUUUCACAGUACUCCCGACCCAGAUAAUGUUUUGAUAGUUAAGACCCCUGAAGGAGUUUUUUCAACCAAAUUUUUGCCUGGAAAUAAUGAGAAACAGACUGGUGCUAGACUGGUCAGGAAGGAAAAUAUACAGGAAAAAGUCUUUCCUGCAAAAAUUUCUGACUGCCCAGCUGCAAGGUGCCUUGCUCAUGAAAUGCUGAAAAACAAGAAAGAGCCAGGAUGGGCGAUUGCCCACCGAAUUAUGGGACCCCGACAUCACUCCCAGGAGUCCAUUGAGGUUUUGAACGCUUGCAUGGAUCAGAAGGAUGAAAAAUCAUUUUCGACUUUUAAAGAACGACUUCAGCAUUUACAGAAAACGGAAAAUAAAAGGGUCUGUUGUGGUCGAUCUGGAAUACAUGGAUGGGGGCUUUUUGCUGCUAAGAAAAUUCAGGAAGGGCAAAUGGUCAUUGAAUAUCGUGGUGACCAAGUUAGACGCAGUGUUGCAGAUUUGAGGGAAGCCCGGUAUCACAGGGAAAAGAAAGAUUGUUAUCUGUUCAAGAUAAGUGAAGACGUUGUUGUUGAUGCUACAGAGAAAGGGAACAUAGCCCGCCUGAUUAAUCACUCGUGUAUGCCUAAUUGCUACGCAAGGAUCAUGAGUGUCGGCGACGAAAAGAGCCAGAUCAUUCUUAUUGCCAAAAGAGAUGUCUCUGCUGGAGAAGAACUAACCUAUGACUACUUGUUUGACCCUGACGAGUCCGAGGACUGCAAGAGAGUUGAUACGGAUCUCAAAACACUAGCUAGAAGAUUCUGGAAAGUUGCUGCCCCUUACUGGUGGUCAGAAGAUAAAGUGCAAGCGAGGCUGAGGCUUGCUGCUGUAUUUACUCUUACACUAGCAACUACUGGAAUUACUGUUGGAUUUAACUUUCUGGGUCGUGACUUCUACAAUGCUCUUGCUGACAAGGACCAGGAACAAUUUACCAAGCAACUGUUGUAUUACCUGGGAGGUUUUGCUGUAGGAAUACCGAUUAAUCAACAUGUAUUCCUCUGAGUGUACUUGUGUUCUGAUUUGCAAAUUUCUACUCUCACUACCCUGCAGUUCUUUGUCUUGAGAGACUAUGCAAGAGAGACCCUUUCUUUAAGAUGGCGAUCUUGGAUGACAAGUUAUUACAUGAAGCGCUACUUUAAAAACAGAACUUUCUAUAAGAUUCAAUCUCAAUCAAUAAUUGACAACCCGGAUCAACGGAUCAAUGAUGAUCUCAGUGCAUUCACUGGAACCGCACUUGCAUUUUCUAUGACACUUUUUAAUGCUGCUGUGGACUUGAUAUCAUUCAGUAACAUCCUUUAUGGAAUCUAUCCACCAUUAUUCAUUGUUCUUAUUGUCUACUCCCUUGGGGGCACUGGAAUUAGUAUCUUCCUUGGUAAGAAUUUGGUCAACUUGAACUUCAUGCAAGAGAAGAAAGAAGCAGAUUUUCGUUAUGGACUUGUCCGAGUUAGAGAAAACGCUGAAUCAAUUGCUUUUUAUGGUGGCGAGGAAAAUGAAUUGCAACUUUUGUUGGAUCGAUUCAGAAGGGCUUUUGAAAACCUUAGCGAAUUGCUGAUAGCAUCUCGUAAUCUGGAGUUUUUCACCAAUGGAUACCGUUAUUUAAUCCAGAUCUUGCCAGCUGCCGUUGUUGCUCCAAUGUACUUCUCAGGAAAAAUUGAGUUUGGAGUAAUAAACCAAUCAGUUUCUGCUUUCAAUCAUAUCCUCAGUGAUUUUUCUCUCAUUGUGUUCCAGUUUCAGUCAAUUAGUGCAUUCUCAGCGGUUAUUGAUCGCCUAGGUGAAUUUGAUGAUCUGUUGGAUGGAAAUAAUUCUUCUUUGUUACCCAAGCGUGAUAGCAUUGAUGGGAUCAACAUCAUUUUCAAGAGCACUGGUCCUUCUGUACAGAGUUCCAAUGGGUCACCGACACAAUCUGAUCCUUGUGUGGUGCUUGAGAUUUGUAAUUUGACAUUAUUAACACCCAGGAGUGGCAACACUCUUAUUACUGACCUCACUAUGGAACUUAAAGAAAAGGACCAUCUACUGGUGAUGGGGCCCAGUGGAAGUGGGAAAACCUCGUUGUUACGUGCUUUGGCUGGCCUUUGGACCAGCGGUACCGGGGACAUCAUAUACCAUGUGAGAGGUUCCAUGGAGCUUAAAACAUCAAAUUCAGGUCCUGAUGAGCCAUCCAACAUACAGUCAAACGGUGAAGAACUGUUACAAAGUUCAAAGCAGAGAAGGGAUAAUGGUAUAUUCUUUGUUCCACAGAGACCCUAUAUGGUUUUGGGAACCCUUCGUCAGCAAUUGCUUUAUCCUACAUGGACUGAAGAUGUUCAUCAUUCAUCAAACAAUGAUGCUCAAAAUAAAGACCCUCUUACCUUUCUGUCUGAAGCCUCCACAUCAGAUGGAGUUGGUUCCAAGCCUGAGAUGCCCACAACUGAUGAACUGAUCAGAGUGCUUGAGGCUGUUAAGUUGGGCUAUAUACUGCCUCGUUUCAAUGGUUUGGACUCCAUGAAUGAUUGGGCCAGUGUUCUCUCUCUUGGGGAGCAACAGCGUCUUGCAUUUGCUCGGUUGUUACUUGCAAAACCAACUUUGGUCCUUCUUGAUGAGUCCACAAGUGCACUAGAUGAUAUGAAUGAGAGUCAUCUAUAUAGUCAGAUUGAAGCUGCAGGGAUUACUUACAUAAGCAUUGGUCACCGGAAAACACUCCGCAAGUUCCACAACAAGGUCUUGUACAUUUCAAAUGCCGAUUCAAUGGAUAGUAACACACGUAAUUGGGACCUAAAGCCCACAGAACAGAUGUCUACCGAAGAGUCGUCCUCAUUUGCUUCAUAAGAGUAAUAAUUUCAUUAUUUGAGCAGCAUUUGGCCCCCUCUCAGUUUAUCAUGGGAAGUGUAUGAUGCCCAGCCAAGUUCUCAAUGUGCAUUCUGAUUGUUAUAAACAGAAGCUGGUAUGGCCAAGUUUUAUCGACCAAAAUUGCUACGAUGCUACGAGCCAACUCAGUGGUGGCACAUAUUUUAGCACAAGGCUGAUAAGGUAGCUCAUCAGUUCGUGGCUCGUUAUAUCAUAAAGUUCAGAAUAAACAUGAUCAUAUGCAGAUAUGAAGUUGUACGGGUGUGCUUGAUUUAUUUCUCCAUCUGAUCUUAUCUUUGGUUAGAGUUUCUUUUAGAAAUGAAAAUGAAAUCUCUGAAACUCUCUAUGUUAUUGUGUGUGUUCUUGUAACUACUAGCCAUACUGCAAAUUACAGCUCUUAUAUAUAGUGUGUGCAGACGUGCCCAAAGAGCUGGCUCGUCAUGUACAUGCAUGGUGAGGACGCUGCCUUCCAGCAGUAAAUAACAAUGGCAUAAUUCUGCA